AUGGCAGAGCUGGCGGAAGCAAAAGGGCUAACAGGGACAUUUACUUUCAAUCCUAAAGAGGGAAUAGACAACCCAGCGAUGGUCAUCACAGACGAUGCAGACUUGGCACUGACGCCCACCCCACGUCUAUGUGUUCUCAAACGGGGAGAGGGUGAAUCCUAUGGCUUCAGUCUGCGUGUGGAAAAGGGCUGCAAGGGUCAUGUGAUCCGAGAGGUGAGGUCUUCGGGGGCGGCAGAGCGAAGUGGCCUACGGGAUGGAGAUAGGCUUCUGGAAGUCAACGGCUGCUUUGUCGAUGACAUUUCUCAUGCUGAGGUGGCCAGGCACAUCAGGUUAAGUGGACACCAGCUUUGUCUGUUGGUGAUGGAUGGGGAGGAGUAUGAGCCGGCUGUAUCCCAAGGUCAGGACCUACAAGCUCUGAUCAGGACACACAGAAAAGCAGAAAACUGCAAACCACCCAGGCUCUGUCACAUCACUAGAGACCCGGCCUCAGGUCUGGGCAUCAGCUUCACUCCCGUGGAAGGAGAGAAGGGUCGAUUCUCUGUGAGCCUUGCGACAGGAGGACCAGCCGAAAGGGCAGGAGUGUGCAAGGGUGAUCAACUGGUGUGGAUGAACGGAGCGACGGUGUCUGAUCUCACCUAUUCGGCACUCAGCAAAAUGGUGAAAAAAUGUGGUGAUCACAUGACCGUCUUGGUGAUUGACAGCAACAGUGAGAAGAACUACAUUCAACAAAGGAUGCCUAUUCUGCCUGUUAUGGCUGCUCCAUGCAACCUGCCUCACACACCCAGAAAACUCCGUCUUGCCCUUGGGCCUGAGGGCUAUGGCUUCCUGCUAAGGCAGGAGAAGACACCACCGGGACAUUCAGCUCACGUUCUGCGUCUGGUGGACCGUGGCAGUCCAGCAGAGCGGGCAGGUAUACAAGAAGGAGAGCUGCUCCUGGAGGUGAACGGGGACUCGGUGGAGUCACUAGAACAUGAGGAGAUCGUAGACAGAGUGAGAAAGAGUGGCCAACAGGUCACUCUCACCACCAUCACUCCCCAGGGCCUAGAGUUUUACACCCAAUUGGGUCUUUCACCUCUUCUGUUCUGUCGGCAUAAUGACAGCGAACAAGGAAAGGGGAGUGGCGCGCCGACAUGUGAAGCAGCGGAGCAAACUUCAGGAGAGAAGUCAGCCAACCUAGCCAGUCUGCGACACUGUUUGCUCCAAAAAGGUCCCCUGGGAUUUGGCUUUAAUUUGGGCUGUGUCCCGCAAACCCCUGGGACAUUCAUUGGUCAGGUGGCCCUGGGGGGCCCUGGGCAGAGAGCAGGGCUCCUUGAAGGGGACAUCGUGGUGGAGGUCAAUGGACAUAAUGUGGAGGAGAAAUGGUUGGAUGAUGUGGUUAUGCUAGUGAAGGAGGGAGGGAAUUUGCUUUUCUUGAUGGUUAUGAUGAAGAGAGACAACACCAAGUGGAAACGGAGACAGGCGGCCUCAGAUAGCAGACAUUGUUGGCUCUGAGGAAGAUGAAACCCG